AUGGCUUCCACCACCACCAAGCCCUCCCCUCUCUCGUCCUCUGUCUCCAAACCCACACCCCUCCCUCUAACCCACAAAACCCCUCCUUCUCUCUCCCCCAAAACCCUCCCUAAACCCUCUUUUUCUAUCAAAACCUCCUCUCUCUCACGUACCCACAAAGCUUCCUCCUUCACCCUCCGCUCCAAAAACCCAAUUUCCGAGUUUUUCCCAGCAAACAAACAAAACCCAGAUGGCGAUUUUAUUGAUUACGAUGAUGACGAUAAGCCCCGGGAGGAGUGUGGGGUCGUGGGCAUAUAUGGCGACCCAGAAGCCUCUCGCCUCUGCUAUUUGGCCCUACACGCCCUUCAGCAUCGUGGCCAGGAAGGGGCUGGAAUCGUGUGUGUGCAAGACGACGUGCUUCAGUCUAUAACCGGCGUGGGGCUCGUGUCUGAGGUCUUCAAUCAGACCAAGCUCGACCAAUUGCCUGGUGACUUGGCAAUUGGGCAUGUUCGUUACUCGACUGCAGGGGCCUCUAUGCUGAAAAAUGUCCAGCCUUUUGUUGCAGGGUACAGGUUUGGGUCUGUUGGGGUUGCCCACAAUGGCAAUUUGGUCAACUACCGUGCCCUUAGAGCGAAGCUUGAAGACACUGGGUCCAUUUUCAACACCAGCUCUGAUACAGAGGUUGUUCUUCACCUUAUUGCUAUUUCAAAGCAUAGACCUUUUCUUUUGAGAAUUGUUGAUGCUUGUGAGCAGCUGGAGGGGGCUUAUUCUAUGGUGUUUGUGACCAAAGAUAAGCUUGUUGCGGUCCGGGACCCGCAUGGGUUUAGGCCUUUGGUUAUGGGGAGGAGGAGCAAUGGCUCUGUUGUGUUUGCAUCUGAGACUUGUGCACUUGAUUUGAUUGAAGCCACAUAUGAGAGAGAGGUGUUUCCUGGAGAAGUUGUGGUGGUAGAUAAAGAGGGGGUUCAAUCACUUUGCCUUAUGUCUCAUCCUCAGCCAAAGCAAUGUAUCUUUGAGCACAUUUACUUUGCUCUGCCGAAUUCUGUGGUUUUCGGACGAUCAGUGUAUGAAUCCCGGCGUGCAUUUGGUGAGAUACUUGCCACUGAAGCACCGGUUGAUUGUGAUGUUGUGAUUGCAGUGCCUGAUUCUGGGGUGGUGGCUGCACUUGGUUAUGCUGCUAAAGCCGGUGUGGCUUUUCAGCAGGGUUUGAUUAGGUCUCACUAUGUUGGGAGGACCUUCAUUGAGCCAUCACAGAAGAUUAGGGAUUUUGGUGUGAAGCUCAAGCUGUCCCCGGUCCGGGCUGUGUUGGAGGGGAAGAGGGUUGUGGUUGUGGAUGACUCAAUUGUGAGAGGAACCACGUCUUCAAAAAUUGUUAGGUUGUUGAAGGAGGCAGGUGCUAAGGAAGUUCAUAUGAGGAUUGCAAGCCCGCCCAUUAUUGGUUCUUGUUAUUAUGGGGUGGACACACCAAGUUCUGAGGAGUUGAUUUCAAAUAGGAUGAGUGUUGAGGAAAUUAGGGAGUUUAUUGGAUCGGAUUCACUUGCUUUUCUGCCAAUUGCUAAAUUGGAGAAGAUGUUGGGCAAUCAGUCUCCUAACUUUUGUUAUGCUUGUUUCUCUGGAAAAUACCCUGUGGAGCCUAGAGAGGUUAAAGUGAAAAAGGUUGGUGAUUUUGUGGAUGAUGGGUUGAAUGGUAGUUUUGAGUCCAUUGGUGGUGGUUGGGUUCAAGCAAACCAGACUCAGAAAGAGGAGAAGGAUAAGGAAUUUGAGGGUAGUGUUCUUUAA